CUCAGUUCAGUUUCGCUCCGACCGGCAGUGAGUACGGACGUACGUUCUAUCAAUUCGCUUCCCCAGUACCGGUAACCUAACAAGACCAAAAGGACGUUUGUUGUCGAAAUUAAUUGUAAUUACCUGCAUGUUUAAUCUUACGAGUGAAGUUUAAAUUAUGUGUGUCAGUUAAGUGUUUUAAUUUGUGUUUUUUUGUGAUCUGACGUUAAUUAGUGUUUACGGGACAUCGAGCUGCAAGUAAAGUCACACUCCUCAGCCAUCACCAGCGGCAUGUGGUCCGGCAAGAAGUGCCCGGAGCCGGCGGCGGGGGCGGCCGAGGCGGAGAUCAAGGUGGUGCUGGUGGGCGACACCCAGUGCGGCAAGACCUCGCUGGUGCAGCGGUUCGUGUCCGACACCUUCAUUGAGGCAUACUCCCCGACGGGGUUCGAGAAGUACGGGUGCGCGUGCGCCGUCGCCGACUACAAGGUCAACUUCUCCGUGUGGGACACUUCCGGUACAAGUUCGUACGACACGGUGCGGCCGCUCGCCUACUCCGAAGCUAAAAUCUUCGUGCUCUGCUUCAACAUCGGCGAGCCUGAGACACUGCACAAUGCCGCUGCUAAGUGGUACCGCGAAGUCCGCACGCACGGGGGCUCGGCUCCAGUGCUGCUGUGCGGCUGCAAGGCGGACCUGCGCCACGACCAGGAAACUCUCGCCAUGCUGGCCAAGCUGAAGAUGCACCCCGUCACUAGCGAAGAGGCCUUAUCAGUGGCGAGACAGCUCGGGGCCACCACAUACGUGGAGACAUCAGCCAGGGCGUCCAGCAAAGGAGUGAAGGACGCCUUCGAAGUGGCAGCCCUAGCCGCCCUCGGGAAACUCAACAAGCAACCAGGCAAACAGCAACAGAAGGUCGGCCGAAGCAAAAGCAAGCGUGACCUGAAGGCCGAACUAAAAGGACGUGCCAAAAGCUGUUGUGUUAUGUGAUCCGUGGCUGGCCAUCCAUCGAGGUGGCCGAACGACUGCUAAGAGACCUAACUAUUAUCUUCUAAGUACCCUUUGAACCUUCUAUGUCGAAAUUCAUGAAGAGAAUCCAAGAGGUGUAGAAGACGAAAAGUUCCGGGCCAAGGUAUCCUCCUUGAGGCACGCCUGACCUAAUACGAGAUACGAUUGAAAUAUUCAAAACCUAUUCCAUAUGGCGAUAUUUUCAUUAAUAACUUGUAUCGUGUACAUAAUUGAUGUUACAUAAUAUUAGGUUAUAGGUAUAAGAGACUAUGACUUGAAAAGGAACAAUAUUAGCUGGUGUCUGUAUCAAAAGCUUUGUGAAUGAGUUCCUGAGUUUGUUAUCUUGAUGAAUUUUCUACAAGAAACGCUAUUUGAAAAGAAGGUGCAAUGUGAAGUGACCCUUAGGGUAAGGUGUGAGAGAAAGCCUGUGAUAAAUUAAAUUGAGGAAACGUAGAAAAUUACGGAUAGGUAUGGUAGACAGAGUAAAAUUUCAAGUUUACUUUAUUUGGGAGUAUUCAAAAGAGAAUAAGUAAAGUAACAUUUAAAGUUUAAGAUGGUAUUUACAGCGUAUUAUUGUAAUUGGAUAUUAUAUGAUAUUGAGUGUUUUCAUAUACAUUUGCGUAGACGAAUGAAAAUCGAUGUUUUUCUAUGACUGUAGCAUUUUCAAAUAUGAAAAUUAUAAAUUUCUCUCUGUAUUGGACUUAACAUCCAUAGCUAAUAAUAAUCGUGUGUGUUGUCUAUGAUAAUGUGUAAAAAAUUGGCCUAAAUGAUAAUUAUUGUUAUAUACAAAUAUUGUAAAAAAAUGCACAACAUUGGACAAUAUAUGAAAGUUACGGAGGUCCAGUACGCUAAAGUAGGUUCACGUCCAUAUUUAUCUGUGUUACAUGUUGUCUGUUCGUUUAUUAAUAUUAUUAUGAAAUGUACCUACUUAUAUCGUAAAAAUAACCAAAGCUUGAAAUACUGUGACGUUCGUACAUUAUGAUGACAUAAUUUACCAAGGUAAAGCUAAAACGAGGUUUAGUUACAAUCUCGACGAAUUCCGAGUUUUUUCAUUCCUUCUACGUGAGAUACAACAUAAAAAUAACCUGAAAUCCUCAAUGAAAUUUUCUGAACCACCUAUUAUAAGAAAAAAAUCGGUACCUACAUUAUAACUACACGUGGAUACAUUUAUAUUGGUAUAUAAUAAUAUGAUGUCUAAAAAUAAUUGUCACCGUGCAUUUUAAAUUCAAUUGUUUUUAUUUUAUAAUUAGUAAGAACCUAAGUAGUUGGAGUUUUAACAUCCAUCAUGUAUUUUAGAUAAUAUUAUUAUUGAUCAAUGAGUACCUACAUAUUUAAUUAGUUUAAUACUUUUAAAAACUAUUAUUAUGUGUUGUAUUUGUAAGUGGAUAUCAAGCUUUAAAUUCAAUGUUAGCUUUAAUUAUUUAGAAAAAAUACGUAUUUACUGUAAAAAAAUAUUAUUUUAGAUUAUGUGACCUAAAGCCUAAAGGUGAAUUAAGUUUUGUUAGAAUACAUAAUUCUUAUUCUAUUGUUCUGUUAAUAUUCCCCCUAACAUUCACAGUAUGUUUAUUAGAUGACAGGGUGUUUUUGUUCAAACAUUGUAUUUACCUGAAAGCCAACUAUAAAUGUAUGUACAUAUCAGAUAUUACCUAUUUUUAUUCCGUAUCAAAGUCCGCUUUAUUUCUACUUCUUUAACAGAGUAUCUUUUUAAAAAAGGCUGUUGUUUUCUAAAGCCUUUAGGUGCAAAUUUUUCCAUAGUCGGUUAUCUAACCGACAGGGAUUGAUUUAUAAAUUAAACGUCAUCUCCAUAUAAAAUUCAUGACAGAUGUGUCAAAAGUCAACCACUACUCCCUGGUUAUGCUCUAACCGACUAUGGAGAAAUUGGCACUAAAUGUCGCAGUGAGCCCCAGUCGAGGCGAAAUGUUUAGGCCACUUUGAAUGUUGUUUCUAGACUAAAUAUAGCUAUACUAUGAAUAUAGCGUUCGAUGUUUUGAA